CUCCGCCCCUUUCCAGGCACAGCUUGUCUUCUUCAUCGUCUUCUUCUGUAAACACACCCAGCUUCAUCAGGGGAAGGAAGAGGCGUAGUUCCAUCCAGCACUUCAAAAACAAAUAGAGUUCUAGCCCCAGAAGACAUCUGGAAUCCACCUUCUUACCGUUUCCCUCUUGGUUAGCUGCCUCGCUCCUGGUGUCACAGGAGGGGUUGUUUGCACAGUGUUCAUGGCUGGCUUGAGCCCUGACAGAGUGGAAGAUCAGCUUGAGCCUUCCGGUUCAUGUCGGUAGGCCAGAUAGACGCGGAUUCACUUCUGUCUGAACUGUAAACAGCGGCACCCCGCCCCGAAAUCCCCACUCCAGAGAUCUUGUUGCUCUGCACUGCUCAAAGGCCUCGACCGCGGUCUCAUCAAGAGUGGCUGCCAUGCAGACCUGUCUCGUCUUCUCCGCCUUCUUCACGUUGGUAGCUGCAGAGGACCUGCUAUCUUGUGAAGACUGCAUUGCUCCAGGGGCGACCUGUCAAGGGGAGAAGCGGCUUUGCUUCCUGGGUGAAGAUACUUGCGGUAGCUUCUUAGGGGAGACCAACUUUGGCAUGGUGGGAUCGAGAGGUACAUUGAAGACCUGUACAGAAUAUCAAGCCUGCAGAGCUGGCAUCAGGACUAUGACGGUUGGUGCUGGGAUAAUACUGCGGAGGAGUGCCUUGUGCUGCAAGACUGAGAACUGCCAGGGGGAAUCAGCGAAAUUACCGCCGAUCAAUACAAUACAAAACGGGUUCCAAUGCCCAGUGUGCUUCGCGCAGGAUUCCGUUUCAUGUAAAGCUGAAAGGACUGUGAACUGUACCGGUUCUGAGAACCACUGUGUCUACAUCACCGGCACCCUAGAGUCACUAGUCAACAUCACGGCUACGAGUUCAAGAUUUGCCGCCAGAGGCUGCGCUACACAGAGUGUCUGUGAGCAGAGUGGGGAGAUGUCCGUUUUUUCUGGCACAGCCACCUAUACACUAUCCACAAUCGAAGAAUGCCGCCCAGCCCACAUCAUAAGGAACUCUGCCCAUCUUCACCACCAUCGACCCCUUUCUCUGGACACCAGCAUCAUCUGGGUUACUUUGUCCUUCCUCUAUUUCCUUCUUCCUAGUGAUGAACCAGUCCACUUGGGGCUGUAGCUCAGUGGUAGAGCAUCUGCAUUGCCUGCAGAAGGUCCCAGGUUCAAUCCCUGGUAGCAUCUCCAGGUAGGGCUGAGAGAGACUCCUUCCUGUAACCAGCUGUCUGUGGCCACUGCCAAUCAGUGUAGACAACACUCAGCUAGAUGGACCAAUGGUCUGACCCAGCAUAAGGCGUGGGAGGAGAGCUGGUCUUGUGGGCGACAGCUUGAAUUGCCCCCUUUGCUAAGCAGGGUCUGCCCUGGUUUGCAUUUGAAUGGGAGACUACGAGGCUCUCCACACGAGCAGUGUGGAGAGCCAGGUGGGGUUCAGCAGGGAGA